AUGGCCGUGAUCAGGGGGAAAGGGACUCUUUCGGGCAGGGUAGCGGAGGUGAACCAAGUCGCGCAGGGUGGGCGGCAAAACGUGGUCAUUGACUACACGCUGGCCGAUUAUGGGCGGUCGCCUGAAGGGCCUAGUGAGGCGACGUCCCUCCCGCCAUCAGCAAACGCUGUCCGGCCGGGCGAUAUUGUGUGCAAGCUGAAGAAUGCCGGGAGCCCGAUGAUCAUUCGACCACCCGUGGAUUACUUCUCAGUUGCCAUGAUCAUGGUUUCUCUUAAACAACCAUUACCCAAUGAGAAGCCGGCUGUUUGGAUGACAAAGAGCUUUCUUCUUGUUUGGGACUGGACACAUGGCGCAUCAGGCCCCGAUGCCAAGUUCGACGUUCUGGUUGCGCGUCGUGAUCUUGAUCACGGGCUCGAUGACCGGUUGAGGAGGGGGUUUGACAUGGCUUCCGUAUUCCUGGAGAAGCCAGCAACACUGGCAAGACCCGUAGAUUCUCCCAAUCAUUCGAAGAUACAGGGGCUCCUUAGCGACGGGGUUAAGCUAGCUGAGAAAGAGUACGGGCGCAACGACCGGAAGACAGUGAACGUAAAGAUCAGGACUGCUCUGUAUGACUGGGACGUGAGGAAGUUGAGGGAGAGCAAAGCUUCGACGACUCAUGGAAAAGAGGCUGCGCGUUGA